AUGCAGGAAAAAACCCACCGUGAAGAGUACUGGAUUGCUGGAAGCAUCAGGGACACCAAUGUGGAGGAUCUCUACACACUCGGCACAGAACUGGGCAGGGGUAAAAGUGCGGUUGUCUACAGAUGUGAGCACAAUGGAACUAAAAAGGCGUACGCCGUUAAAAAAAUCCCUAAACAGAAAGGCCGGAAAGUCUUAAAAGAAGCAAAUGUUGGAAAUAUCUUACACAUCCGACAUCCUAAUGUUAUACACUUAACAGAGCUCUAUGAGACGAAGACACAUAUCUACCUGAUGAUGGAGUUGGUCACAGGGGGAGAGCUUUUUGACCGAAUCGUUGCCCGUGGAUCCUUCUCCGAAAAAGAUGCGGCGGAAGCAAUGAGAGACAUACUACGAGCAAUUAAGUGCAUCCAUGAUAAUGGUGUAGUCCACUAUGACGUCAAGCCUGAAAAUCUCCUGUAUGAGAGCAACAAAGACCAUUCAAAAUUGAAAUUAGCCCCCGAGGUUUUUACUGGAAACGACUCUAAGAAACCUACUGCUGUGGAUAUGUGGAGUUGUGGCGUCAUCGCUUAUAUUCUACUCUGCGGCUGUGAACCCUUUGAAAGCCCAAAGCAAGACUAUAGUGAGAUGUAUAAGAAAAUUAUCAAAGCAGAAUACAAGAUUGAUCCGAAAGUCUGGUCCAAAAUCAGUGAGAAUGCAAAGGAUUUCAUUCGAAAAUUAUUACAAAAAGAUCCAAGUAAGAGAUUGUCAGUAGAUGCAGCUCUCCGACACCAAUGGGUAACUGGUAUCGCCGCAAAAGGCGAUCACCUUAUCGAGACCCAGGAAAAAAUCCGAGAGUUUAACGCCAGGCGUAAACUAAAGGGUGCAGCAGGCGGAGUCAUCUUCGCAGCCAGAGCAGUCAGGAUGAUGAGCAUGAAACCAAGAGUGAAGAUACAGCUGGAUAACAACAAAAUAUCCUCAGACGCUUGACAGUGAUGGUCAGAGAACAACUGACCUUAUUCACUGGACAACGACAUAUCGACAGUUUGAACAACGCCUUCUCGACAGUUUUACGGAGAUACCACACAGAAUUAUUGAAUUAAAGAAUAUGAAUAGUUUGGUAGAUAAAACACAAUUCAGCUUUGGAAGUUCCAUGUAUUUCAAAUUGUUUUCAUUUUAAAUCUUCCUUAAUGUGACUCAGAAACACGGCUAAAGCUUUUAAUACCAGAAUCAUGGCAUAGCAAUUAGCACCCUGGGAAAAAGAUUUUGUGACAAUCUGUCAAUCUCUAAACUAUUUUACUGCAGAAAUAAAGCUAAAUGCUAAGUUGUUUGAGAGUAAUUUACGUAUCAGUACACUGAUUUUUGUUUUGUUCAGAGGAUGGUAUCAUUGGUGAAUAUAUGUCGGUUUUUUUUUAGCUGAGGUUGAUUAUUUUUGCAGAUGGUAUCGAUCGCGUUAUAUUCUUUAUGUUAGUACUACCGAUAACAUAUUUAGCGAAUUUUGAUUCGUGUGAAGACGAGUUAAGCUGUAUGUUUUUUGUUAUCAUGACAAAUCGACCUUAUAUAUGCUUGAUGAAGUUAAGUUCAAAAUAUUGUGAAUUUCUUUCCAAUCCAAACACAUCCUAACGUUCAGAAAAGUUUAGUGACGGAAAGUAUCCUUAAAAUGAGUAUUUCGUUGUGAUCUUUAACAUUGAAAUAAAUUUCUAUAGAUGCAUGUCAGAAUAUGUUUCUCUUCUCCAAAAUUCUCAUGCAUCUAAAAUCUAAAACUUAUUUAGAUAUAUCCUUCAAGCUUUGACAACACAUUUUGAUAAAUACGGGUACCUUGGAUUCCCAACACAGCAAAUAGGGGCUUCUUAUCCCCGAAUCAAACUUUUUGAUAAAUACGGGUACCUUGGAUUCCCAACACAGCAAAUAGGGGCUUCUUAUCCCCGAAUCAAACUUUUUGCCUCAAUUUUAAACACCUACAACCUGAUGAUCAUAUUUUCAUAAAAUUAUUUCAAAAUUGAGACAUUUAUUAAUAUUAGCAAACGAAUUAUUUGUAUUAACAACCAAAUUAUCAAUGCUAAUAAAUUAACUGUUCAUAUUGAUAAAUGAAUUAUUUAUAUCAAUACAUACAUGAAUAAAUGCCUCUUUUUCUGCAACGGAUUAUUAUAAUUUGGUCAUAUCGAUUCAUUAACACAUGAGAUGUGACAAGUUUUGUUGGUUUUAGAAUGGUUGGAAUCCAAGGUUUUCCUUACAUGUCGUAAAGCUCGACCUAACAUGCACAUGUCAAAAAUGUAAAUGAAGACUACUUAUGCAAUUUGAACUGCACUGCAACUAGAAAUCAUUCAAGAAGUUUGUCUAGAUUAGUCAAUUAUUUGAACAAGUUCAUCAAACAACUUACAAUGCAAUUUAUGUACUCAAAGUGCAUUAAUUUAAACACCCAAACCUAUUUUCAAAGAUAUCAUUUUCAGUCUUUAUUUUUGAAAGGCGACAUAUACAAUUGUAGAUAUUUCGACAGACGACUUUUACUACCAAUCACCCAUAGCAUCGUAUACAUUGUAGAAUUUACAAAACAAUAAAUACGAUUUUUGAUAAA